AUGUGGCUGAAAAUAUGCAAAAAACUCCUAUUUAUAUUAGAAUUAAAUGAACAAUGUCCUUUAAAUACACCAGAUACCACAUCUAAGUCUCAGUUCCGAGUUACGGCAGUCGGCACCAAGAGCGGCAAUGGUUCAAUAUCAGUGCGCGCGCAUCGUCGCCGCAUACAGCCGCGAGGGGCAUCACUGAUAACUGUGACCAUGAAAUAUUUAGUGGUGGUUUUGUUUGUUGCGGCGUGUGCGACUGCCGCGUCCGCUGCUGCCACCUCCUGUGCCCUCUCUGAAGAGUUCUUCGCGAGGCACAAUAUAUCAGCUCAUGACAGCGAUAAUGAACCAGGUGCAGAUUUU